CAUGGCGUCCCUGCCUCCCCGCGCAGGGCCCGCCACGCCGCUUUCGCCCGCGCGCCUGUCUCGGCUGCAGGAGAAGGAGGAGCUGCGCGAGCUCAACGACCGCCUGGCGCACUACAUCGACCGCGUCCGCGCUCUCGAGCUGGAAAAUGAUCGGCUGCUGCUCCGUAUCUCCGAGAAGGAGGAGGUGACCACGCGCGAGGUGAGUGGCAUCAAGGCCUUGUACGAGUCGGAGCUGGCUGAUGCCCGGCGGGUGCUGGAUGAGACGGCCCGGGAGCGUGCCCGGCUGCAGAUUGAAAUGGGGAAGCUGCAGGCUGAGCUGGAUGAGGCCAGGAAGAGUGCCAAAAAGCGGGAAGGUGAGCUCACGGUGGCCCAGGGCCGAGUGAAGGACCUGGAAUCCUUGUUCCACCGGAGCGAGGCAGAGCUGGCCUCAACCCUCAGUGACAAGCAUGGGCUGGAAAAUGAUGUGGCAGAGCUACGAGCCCAGCUGGCGAAGGCAGAGGAUGGUCACGCUGUGGCCAAGAAACAACUGGAGAAGGAGACACUGAUGCGAGUGGACCUGGAGAACCGCUGUCAGAGCCUGCAAGAGGAGCUGGGCUUCAGCAAGAGCGUGUUUGAGGAGGAGGUGCGGGAGACCCGGCGGAGGCAUGAGCGGCGCUUGGUGGAGGUGGACAGCAGUCGGCAGCAGGAGUACGACUUCAAGAUGGCACAGGCCCUGGGGGACUUGCGCAGCCAGCACGAUGAGCAACUGCGGCUGUACCGACUGGAGCUGGAGCAGACCUACCAGGCCAAGCUGGACAACGCCAAGCUGAGCUCGGACCAGAACGACAAGGCGGCCAGUGCAGCCCGUGAGGAGCUCAAGGAAGCCCGUAUGCGCGUGGAGUCCCUCAGCUACCAGCUCUCGGGUCUCCAAAAGCAGGCCAGCGCUGCAGAGGACCGCAUUCGCGAACUGGAGGAAGCCGUGGCUGGGGAACGUGACAAGUUCCGCAAGAUGCUGGACGCCAAGGAGCAGGAGAUGACUGAGGUGCGCGAUGCCAUGCAGCAGCAGCUGGCCGAGUACCAAGAGCUGCUGGACAUCAAGCUGGCCCUGGAUAUGGAGAUCAGCGCCUACCGCAAGCUGCUGGAGGGCGAGGAGGAGAGGCUGAAGCUGUCCCCCAGCCCAUCUUCCCGUGUCACCAUCUCUCGGGCCACCUCAAGCAGCAGCAGCAGUGGGGUUGGCAUGUCAGUGGGCCGGGGCCGCAGCAAGCGCCGGCGGCUGGAGACGGAGGAGACCCAAGGCUCGCGCAGCAGUGGCUCAGGCUCCAGCACGGGAAGCGGCUCCCGCCUGGCCCAGCAGGCCCCGGUCCCGGCUGUCGUGAGCAUUGACGAGGUGGACCUGGAGGGCAGGUUCGUGCGCCUCAAGAACGCCUCGGACAAGGACCAGUCUUUGGGGAACUGGAGGAUCAAGAGACAGGUCCCGGAGGGUGAGGACAUCGCCUAUAAGUUCACGCCCAAGUAUGUCUUGCGCGCCGGCCAGACGGUCACGGUGUGGGCAUCUGGCGCAGGGGUCAUCCACAGUCCCCCAUCAACCCUCGUGUGGAAAAGCCAGAGCAGCUGGGGCUGUGGGGAGAGCUCCCGCACUGUUCUGGUCAACGCCGAUGGAGAGGAGGUGGCUGUGCAGGCUGUGAAACAGACAUCCGUCCAGGUGAGCGAGAAUGGGGAGGAGGAGGAGGAGGAAGAGGAGGAGGCGGCGGAGGCGGAAUUCGGCGAGGAGGACCUUUUCCACCAGCAGGGGGACCCGAGGACUACCUCCAGGGGUUGCCGGCUGAUGUGAAACCGACCCCAUGGUCACCAAAGUCCUCAAAGCCCUGAAAUUAUUUUUUAUAGUCCAUUCUCACUAGUCCUUGAUACAUUUCUAUAAGACUGUUAAGUGAGAAUGUGGGUGGGCUCUUCUGUGUUUUCUAGAGGUGGGUGUCUGCCUGGCCACCCACCAGGAGCCUGGCCCAGGAGUCUGGGCCAGGAGCCUGAAGGCUGAUGGACUUGGGCCUAAGGCCAAUCUGGGAGAAACAGGAACGUGGUGGCUGGCCCAGGGUGGACCUAGUGUGAGACCACAGUGAUUCCCUAGUUUACUUUCUUUGAAGAUUUUUAAAUCAAAUCAAAUUCAGAAUCCAGGUUCCAGAGGGCUGCGGUGAUCACCACCCUGUCAGGGCUUGGUGGCUCUUCAGACACAGGGCAGACCCUCCAUUCCUGAGGUUGGUACCACAGAGGAAGCACCUGAACCCAGGGGGGGGGGGUGGUCUCAGCUGUGUGCCCUGAGCCUGAAGGGUCUGUGACUGACCCUGGCCUCAGGGUAUCUGAGGCCUGGAUUCCAGAACAUUCUAGUCCCUUCUAAAGCUGAGGACCAAGGAGGAGGAUGCUCACACAUGGGGCAAUUCCUCCUUUCCUAAGAUUGUCACUCUGGUAGACUGAAGAGGACAAACAGACGGUGGGUGCUUCAGGAGCAAAAGCUGUGGGUUCCCAGUCAGUGGCUGCUCACAGGAGUGUGGCAAAGCCAGCAGUGCUCAUGGCCCCGUGCAUACACACUGCAUGGCCCCUCUGUGUUCUGCCCUGCUGGCUUGACCUGGAUGCUUUCUGUGGUGGAACAUAGUUCCACGAGCUCCAGGUGCCAGCCAGCUCACACCUGUCACCUUCACCUCCUCACCACAGACACACGGUAUUUUUUUAAUGGAUAUUUAUUUUUUUACAUCAGUAAUGCAGCUUUCUGAGACGCUGCUCUGGGAGUUCAGGCCCAGAGCUACCACGGAUGGAGAUCACCCUACCUUCAGUUUCCUUUACUGAGCCAUGAGGGGUGCUGUCUCUCCUGGCACAGCCGGUGGUAGGAGUAAGUUGGGCCUACUCUCCCCACGGCAAGAGCCACAGAACGCCACUACUGCCACCAACCCCCAGAACCCACCAGCCACCUCAUGCUUCUAGAUACCUCCGUUUUCUUUAAGUGAUAGGUGUUGGAUUCUGGACCAUGUCUCCAGAUGGUUCCUGGAUGGUCGGGGCAGGCUGUCGUCUCCACGCAGCUCUGCUGCCUUGCCCACAGGGCAGGUAACCUCCCGUGCACCUGGCACUGGAGCUGCCUUCCUUAUGUUUGAGGAAUGGGGCUGGAGCAGCCGGCAGCCCCAAAGGGCUCCUGUUGUGCCCCGGCCGGCGAGGCGGUUCCGGGGGCGGCGCUGCAGCUUGGGAGCAGCCUGCACUGCGCGCACCGCCCAGCUAGCUCUACAGGUCGUUUCUUUUCUAAGAUGCAUGCCAAAAGUGUGUUCCGCCUUUGUUUUUCCUCCCUGCUAUGAUUUGUAAUAUUCAUUUUACGACUGGAAACUUUUGUACACGCAAAUAAACACUUUGAUUUUAACCACA